AUGGCAAAAGACACGUCCCCAGUUUUACGAGAAAGUAUCGAAGUCAUGAAAUAUUUGCAACUGUGGCCCCAAAACGAACGAACGAAUUUACGCCGACGCUACUUCAUUGUUAUUUUUCUCUGCUCUCCUCUACAUCUAGGACUAGCAACACAUCUAGUCGUGUGUUUAAAAGACAAUUUGGACGUGGAUUUAAGUGCAAACAUCGCUGUCCUAUCUGCGGUCACUGGCUUGACGUACAUGCUCAUCGUCUUCGUCUGGAGCCAGGACAAGCUUGUGCACCUUUUGGCAAAGCUGGACACUCACGAAAUCUUUGGCACGCCCGAUAAUCUCACAAAACGCAGUCGGAGACUCAAUUUCUACGCAAAACUGUACUCAUAUUACUGUUACUUUGGGAUUGUGAUUUAUUCACUGGUGCAAAUUAUUGAAAUGCCGCAGUGUCGCAAAAUGAAUGAAGAGAAGGGUUUGAGUGAAAUCUGCGGCAUGAUUGUGCCCUUUUGGGCACCUUUUGACAUUGACUGGUUUCCGCUAAAACAAAUUUUCUGGUUGAACCAACUCUUGGGGAUUUAUAUUAUUAUUAAGGGAGGGGCGGCUGUCUCGAUCACCACGUUUGAAGUGGCUCAGUAUAUCUGUCUCAAAAUUAAGCAUCUUAACCGGCUUUUGAGGGAAGCUUUCGACGAUCCGUGUGACGUGGUCGUCGAACAAAAACUCCUGCACUGCAUCCGCUACCAGCAACACAUCAUUAGGACUAAUGAGCUGUUUAACGUCUGUUUUAAACACUGUAAUGGGUGCUAUGUGGUCAUGGUCGGGAUAAUAAUUGCCAGUCUGUUGAACCAAAUUCUUAAAGAAAAAAGCGUUGGGGCCUUGGUCCAUUUUGCAGGCUGGAUUUGCAGCUUUUUCAUCUGUUGUCACGCCGGUCAGGCUGUCAUUUCAGAAAGUUUGACGAUCCCAGAAGCGGCUUUAGAUUCGCAUUGGUACGAAGCUCCGGUUAAGUACAAAAAAGUUUUGCUUUUGCUUUUGGUGCGUUCGCAGAAAGCUUUCAACCUCCAAGCGACCCCGAUCGGGAUCAUGUCUUUUGAUCUUUUUAUAGCAUUGCUGAAAACUUCAUACUCGUAUUUCACGCUUUUGCACAAAUCCACAUAGGACGACACAUCUGGACGAUUAGUUGGGAGAAAUAAAUUGCUAUUUGUCUAUAUUUAGCUUAUCAGCUUUGUCGUUGUAUAACAUUUAAAUAAAAGCUAUUGUAGUCAAAAA